AUGGAGAAGUUACACCCUGCUGGAGUAGUCACCAACAUCAAGAAUUUUAUUCCAAUCAUUCUAGAGAUGGAAAACGCUCAAUACGCAUCAUGGGCAGAACUAUUCAAAAUUCAUUGUCGGGCAUUUCAAGCAAUCGAUCACAUCCUUCCAAAUGAGGCCCCAAGUCCGGAAAAGCCAACCUCUGGAACAGAUGCCGCCAAAGACAAAACAACCACUUCUACACCCGAUGCUUCUUGGUCAAGAGUAGAUGCUAUAGUACUCCAAUGGAUUUAUGGUACAAUUUCUACUGACUUACUUCACACCAUACUCAAGCCAGGUUCCACAGCCGCUCAAGCAUGGACAGCCCUAGCCAAUAUAUUUCAGGACAAUGCUAAAUCCAGGGCUCUCUUCCUUCAAACCAAACUGACAAAUACAAAACUAGCAUCCUUUCCAAACGUGAGUGCUUACUGUCAAGAAAUUAAAGUAUUGGCAGAUCAAUUAGCCAAUGUCAAUUCCCCUAUACCUGGUCAAACUCUUGUUCUCCAUCUCAUUGCCGGACUCACAAACCAGUUUGAUGGAGUAGCAACUUUUCUACAACAACAAGACCCUCUUCCAGAUUUCUAUAUAGCCCGGUCCAAACUUAUUAUGGAAGAGGCCAGAAAAGCGAAUCAGAUCAGCCCUAACACAUCUUUCUUAGCUGCUGCUAGACCCACUACUACCACCACCGGACAACAUCCAACUGCUACUGCUCUUCACACCGCUGCUGGAUACUCACCGUCACAGCAACCUGCUCCCGAUUCUCAGCAGAACCAUCAGCAUGGCAGAGGAUAUUCUAAAUCAACACCUCGUGGAUGUGGCAGGGGCAGUCGUAGUCGUAGUCGAGGUCGCGGACGCGGUCGGGGUCGAAGUGGAAACUUUCAUGGUCAUCAUUUUUAUUCGCAGCAGUGGAAUUCUAAUCCAUAUCAAAAUUGGCAGCAAUGGUCUCCUCCACCAUACCCCUAUCCGACCGCACCUCCUUCUCGUCCUCUACGCCCUGGUACACCUAGUUCGGGUAUUCUUGGUGCUCCUCCUGCUCAUGCGUAUGUUGCUUCAGAAAAUUAUUAUACGCCCACCAACAUUGAGCAAGCCUUGCACACUAUGACUUUGAACCUAGAUUAA